GUUGCUUUACCGGCUGUCGAUGAAGUGCUGUUCACGCUGGCCACCACCGUUCAUGUCCAUCAGCUACUAGCUAGCAGACCUGUCUGUCCAGUUCCCACGCUUCAGACCCCCGUCUUUAUAUAAGGUCGUCUUGACCUGUCGCCGUGGAUCAUCAAGUCGUCGAGCAGGGGGAGCCGGCGUAGUGAAUAUACACACGUGAACCCAACCCAUUUCCCACUGCCGAUGCCGAUAGAAAUGCAGUCCAGCUCCUGCCCAAGCAAGCAAGCACCAAACCAAAGCAGCGCGCCGGAGGGGAGUCGGGGAGGAGCAGGGGGGAGUCAGGUCCAUGGACCUGCCAGCGAAACGGGGCUGGCUUCCGCCGCUCAGAUCGACGGGUCCCGCGCUGGAGGCAGGGGGCGGAGCGGUAGAGGAGCCGGGGCCUCGGAGCAGGAGGCCGACCCUCGGGGCUCUGCUUCAAGCCAGGGUUUCAAUCGACCUCGGAAUCCACAAGCUCGAUAUCGAUGGAGAUGAGGACAGAAUCAGCGCGCUCCCCGACGACGUCCUCCUAGAAAUCCUAGAGCGCCUCGACGACAUGCGCGAGGCGGUCCGCGCCGGCGCACUCUCCACGCGGUGGCGGCACCUCCCCCACCGGCUCUCGCACCUGGUCCUCGACAUCAUGCACUUCGGCUUAGACACUUCGACUUCGAGGGCCGACCUCGGGGGAAGUUCUUCGGCGGUCGAGGCCAUGCAGGCGUACACACGCGCGCUGUACAGGUCACUGUCUCCGUGUCCUCCUCCGGCUGGCUGCAAGCGCGCUAUCAAGACCCUCAUCCUACGUUUCUUACCUGUGACGGACCUGACCUCCAUAGGCCACGCCGUGGAGGACGUUGUCAGCCACGGUGAGACUGAGUUUCUUGGAUUUUACAUCUACUCGCCAGACCGUUAUGGUCGGGAGGGGAUCAUGUCCUUCUCCACCACCUGCCCAGUUGCCUGCCUUUCGGUGGCUCACCAAGCUUACGUUCCUUAACCUUUCGUUGGUCAAUUCUGACAUCAACAAGCUCAUUACUGAUUGCGGUAGGCUCAGAAUCCUCACCCUGCUUUCCUGCCAUUUUCCGGGCUUUGAGCUCAAGAUCGACGCGCCAUUCUCCGGGCUCCACGAGCUCUACUGCGUAAACUUCUAUUUGGGCAUCGGUCGAGUUGAUCGAUGUACCCAAACUUACAGAAGUGUGGUACCAAGAAUCUGAGGGCCACGGAAUCCCUCUGGUGCGGUUCGGCCACGUUCCGCAGCUUCGCCAUGUGUCCCUCCUUUGUCGUGCCACAGACUCUGGUAGGCGAUUGGCACUGAGCGAGUAUCUACCAGGGACUGCCAGGAAUUUUUCUGAGUUGCAUCUCCAUUUUGCCUGCCAAAUGGUGAGUUAAUUUCGAUGUGCCACAUGAGUUUUUGUCCGCGUCUAAAUAUUGUAUGUUUUUCUUCUUUUCCAACAAUUUCAUCUUUCGACCCGCAAAAAAAAAACAAUUUCAUCUUUCUAUUUGUGUUCCUCUUCUUAUUGCAGAUCUGGAUUCAUAUGGAACAUCCGAAACAGCUCACUGCUACAUUCAGAAACCUGACCAAUGUGCGAAAAGUGGCUGCAGAGGCCGAGCUCCACUGAGUUCUAUAUACAUUUCUCAGCCAAAAUACCUUUUCCAUAACUCAAAAAAAUCUGAAAAAAUGUUUUCAUGUAGACAUAUACUUAAAGUAUACGUGUACAAAUUAUCAUAAACAUAUGUAUUCAUAUGUGAUGUAUACAAAAAAGACAAAUACACAGAUUGAAAUACGCUUUUUCUUUGUUGUAUUUGUGUCAGAUUUUUGUCUUUUUUGUGUAGCACGCAAAUGAUCAAAUUAGUUACUGAAAAUUUAUACAUACUUAAAAAAUAUGCAUAUGUAUUUGUACAAAAAAAUUGGCAUUUUUUGAAACUUUUAAAUAUAUUUUGAUUUUUUUUGGUAAAACGGGCUCCUUGGAGCCCGGUCUCUGCGACGCCUCACUCACCAAUGUGGAACUUUUUGGUAUCUUUCCGGAGUAUGAUCUGAGCUGGACCAUUUUUUUCCUUGAAGCUGCACCUGCACUGCAAAAUUUCAGAUUGUCUCGAGAACGGCAUUUGUGUACGGACUGUGCCAUGAAGACCAAUGUAGUGUGGGAGCCAUCCAAGGAUUUUAAGCACCUGAACUUGAAGUUGCUCCGGAUGUCCGGGUUCGAGAACGAAGACAAGGUGACAAACUACAUAAGGCUAGUCAUGGAGCAAACUGUGGAGUUGAAGAGAAUCGAGCUGCAUGGUGAAAACCCAUGCAAGAAAUGCGAUGCCAUUGACCCGAGGUCGAGGAGACCCCUGGUAGAUGAAGCUCGUAGGCGUCGGAUUAAGGAGAAACUUGCACAUGAGUCAUCCUCAUCCGUGGAGAUAAUAAUACUCCCUCCGUUCCAAAAUAAGUGUCUCAACCAUGAUACAAUUUUGUACGAGACAUUUAUUUUGGGACAGAGGAGAGGAAGUAGUUGAUGGAUCUGGUCAAGGAAUGCAGCUACCGGAGUGAAAAACUAAAGACUGUAUAACUACUAGGUACUGAUAGCCUGACAAUGUGUGAUUGCUGUGGACCUCAGAGAGUAGCUAAAUUAUGUGUACUGCAGUU